AUGGGAGUACUUGCUGCAAUUCAAGACGGAAAUAAGAAAGGACACAAUCUCAGAUUGACCAUAACAGAUUUGGAUGGUCACAUUUACUAUGCACAUGGCAAUGAAGAAACAGCCGCAAAACUUCUUGACGCUUUCAAGACUACAAAGAGAGAACAAAUGGUUGACUCCGACUCAGACAUUUUGAAUGCAAUUGAAGGAAUUGCAAGUGUCAAGUUCGAAUAG